GCGCGCGUGUGUAGAAUUGCUGGUCUUCUUCGCUAGCUUAUGAUUCAGCCCUCAGCACUCAUGCCGCCGCCGCCGCCGCUGCCUCCUCCUUCGGAACUCACCGCCUCUUGACUGCUCGCGCGAAGUGCUUGGUAGGGAAGAGCGGAGGAGAGUCAUGGCCCUCACGGCAACCAGCGUUGGGGUUUGCGCCCCUUUCUCUACUAUCCUCGCUCCUGCUCACUAGUGUCUAGGUGGCGGGUUGCCCCUGCUGCUUCCCCGGCCUGCUCACUUCCUUGAAGCCGAUGGGGAUGUCGCGGUCGCCUCCCUCCUCCUCUUUCUUCUUCACACGGUCAGGGAGACCGAAACCGUCCUAGAUCUUCACAGACACGGGGAAGAUGUUGCAAAGUAUUGGCCUGACUCUCCUCGUCAUCGUGGCUACCUUGUUUUUUGUCUUGCUGUUCAUGCUCUGUGGUUGGUGCGUGGUCUGGCAGCUCUUCUUAUCCAAGUUUAAGUUCUUACGAGAGCUGAUAGGAGACACGGGAUCCCAGCAAGGGGAUAAUGAAAACACUGAGCCAGAAACUGAACAGGAUGUGCUGUUCACUCCACAGAGAAGUAGGCAGAAAUCUGCACGCCAGCGAAGGGGACCUGCCGAAGAAGCUACCUAAAAUGAGACGACUGGGUAAUUUCCAAACAACCGAUGAGCAACAUUUAAAUGCUUUGGUUCUACUGAUAUGCUGAGCUAGAAAACCAAACUAUUUCCAAAGAAGUUCAGACAACAUUUUAAAGCAAAGUGGCCGGUGGGGAGGGAAUGAGAAGCAAGAAGCAUUUUACGCUUUCUGUGCAGAGUUGAUGGGAAGAAAAGUGCUGGUUUUCUGUUCCUUAGUGAUUAUGUCUGGCUUUUGCACAAGGGUGAACACGAUCAACUGUUCAAAAUUAAAAUGGCUACUGACAUCUUUAUAAGACUAUAACUAAUUGAAACUAACCGCUAUUAUAAUUCUUCAUGUAUCCAUUUUGUGUAAAAAUAUGUUUCUUUUAUGUAUGAACCCUGUGGAUAUGUCUAAGCAGUGACACCCCCACAGGAUAAAAUGAGUAUUAGGUACAUGUAGAGACUCCAUCAACCAACUUAAACAUAAUCAGGAAAUGAAAUUUGGCAUUUGAUUGCACGUCUGUUUUCAAGCUUCUUUAAAAAUGUAAACAUUUUGCCAGAUUUGUGCAUAAGUGUAAAUGUUUAGGGAAAUCCCUUCUGUUUUCCCUAAUACAGAGGAAAGGAGCAUCUGUUACAAAUCCUCAACUGAUACCAUUUUUUAAAGGAACUAACCAGUUGGCUUUAAAAUGGACUUUUUUUCCUCGUUUGCUUUUUUUGCACCAGAAAUCAACUGAAACUAAUUACUGAACUCUGAUAUAGCUCCAUGGAUUAUAUUUUAUUGUAAUCUCACUAUUGUGCUAAGUGGUUUGACCAGAAUCUUUGUAAUUAGUGUUGCUCUUCCAAUUGUCCCUUCAACAUUACACCUGAUGAACAGUUCCUUCUGCUCGAGUUAUGUAUAAAGCAGCACCAAAAGUCGCAUCAAAGUGCUUAAGCUGAACUAGAAGAUACUGAUUUUGGAGUUUGAAUUGGUGCUAGAGAAGAAUGAUCAUGAUCAUGACACUUCCAGAACUCUUACCUAAUUUCUUCUUGGACUCCCUGAUGCACUUCUGUUGACAUUAUUAUCUGCUCCCAGUUCUCAGUUGUGUUCAGCAGAAGCUGUAGAAAAGUGUCUUAAUAGUUCACAGUGGCUAAAAACAAGCCUUUCUGAUGCCUAUAGUUUAAAGCUUCACUGUCUUGAAUAGCUGUUUUGACCUUUGGAAGCUUAAAUGUGGAUGAAGAACUUCAUUGGUUUUAUUUAUUUUCUAGUAGCAACUGAGGAGGUAAAUGACUCAUGAAGAUCUGUACAGUAUUGACAAGCUCACAAGCAGAUUGUAGCUUUUUCCCUUCCUCCCCAUGACAUUCUACCAUUCAGACGUACACAGUCUGAAUGGUAGAUUGCUCAUCUUUUUGUUGUUCUUUGCAGUAUAUAUCAAACAGGGUUUAGGAUUGUUUAUGGUAUUCCUCAACUGGGCUUUUACCCUUAAAAAAUUAACAUGCAACCCUCAGUCCUUGAAUCUGAAGAUCUUACCAAUAAAAUUCCAACUGUUUGGUUUUUUAACCACUUCUGGCUUUCCAUGGUAGAAGAAAAUACUUGAAAUAAUGCCAAUUGUAUUCAGAGUAAUCAGACUCAGGUUUUCUCACGUACCACACUUACACACAAUAUUUGCCUUACAGGAUUUACACGCUGACAGCCCAUUUAAUAAUGUCAGGGCUUUUUUUGAUGCAACUCAAAUAUGGUUUUAGGUACCGUUUCUGUUUAUCAAAACCAAUAACCAAUCUUUAUUCCUCCUGGAAUACAGUUUGUGAAUGUUGAGAUUCUAAUCUGAUGGGACGGGUAGAUGUAACCGGUCUGUCAAAUAUCCUGGUCUCAUGCCAUGUAGGGUUAGGGUUAAUUGUUUAAGUGUGAAAGUUUUCUUUGAUUCAGUAAAGUAAGUAGAAUACUUUGGGGAGCUUGUUUGUUUUUGUUUUUUUCAAGAGGGAAACCAGGAAGUAACUUCUUCCGGAUAUUAUGAGAUAUAGCUAACACUGUCCCACAAGUGAUGCUGCUAUUACAACUUUGGUACGAAUAAUAGUGCUUCCCCCAGAAUGUAGCACUGUUUUAACUACAUUUGCACAUUGUAUGCUUGGCACAGUUCCAAGUCUUUUCUGAAUUAUAUAACAAGAAACCUGUCAGUUUCCAUCUACAUAAUCUUCUGUCUCUUAGUGAUGUUUGGCCAUUUUUUUUAAUUUAAAAAAUCACCAUUUUGAUUCACAGACAUGUCCUACUAAUGAAAUUUGAUGAGCUCAUAAAAGCAGAGGACUCUAGGGCCUAUUUCUGCAAAAGGAGUUCUUCUUGGGUGAGAGGACAGUGUGAAACCAUAACCCUCUUAUUGGGUCAUGGCUUGAAGGGUUCAGAUUACUUGGGAACCUAUGGCUUCAUAUUUCUUCCUAUUUCCCUUUGUUCCAUAAAUAGUCCAAACUAGAGAGGAUCUUGCAAGGAUGGCAGGUUGGUGUAGGGACAUUGAUGAAAGUCUUUAGCUUUCCUGAUGCCAAAUUGAUGAACAUGUGACAACAGGGAUUUCUGCAGGGCAGGACAAAAAAAUAAAAAUGGUGGUAGCAACCCUGUGAUUGAACCCUUCCCCCUUUUUAUUUGUAUUCUGGGGCUUCACACUGUGUAGUCAUUCCACCAUCCUGAGCAUAAGAGUACAAGCAGAUGCAAGUAAUAUGAAAAGCAAGCUUGUAUUUAUACAUGUCAUUCCCAUCCAUAAGAAUAUACUGCUGCUCAUACACCUGUAUGUCACAGUUUAACCUAAUUAAGUAGAACUGGACCAGUAAUUUGCCCCAAGGCUAAAGUUAUUCAGUCCAUGUUAAUGGUGAACUGAAGAUGUGGUUUGGCCCAGUUCCAUAUACUCUUUCAGCUAAUCAUGGAUUGCAAGAAACUAACAUGAACUGAAAUACACCAAUUUGUAUACUUCGAGAAAACAGAAUUUUAACAAUGUGAUUAAAAGGAUCUUGUUAAAAAAUGGACGUUCCAAGAAUAAACUUCUAUGUGUGAAUGUUAGACAAAGCUUUAUAUCUAAUGCUGUUAUGUUUUUAUGAUGGAUGCAAUAUAAUCCUAUACAAUCUUAUUCAGUGAUGCUUACUGGUAAAUCUGUGUGUGCUAGACUUUGGCUAUUGUCCAGUUUAUUUGCAAUCUCUUCCUAUAUAGAAAGAUUUCUACCUGGGAAAUGGCAUCGAAUCUAGGAACUGAUUGUGGCAAGUGGCAAUGGCACCACUUUGUAUAUAGUAUGAAACACAGGUUGACACUGCUUUAUGUUUCGAGUUUUGCCAUUUUUGAAAUGGCUCUUAGCCCUAAGUUUCAUCUGAAUGCCAAGCUAUUUAAUCUACAACAUUUGUUUAAAAAGUAUUAGCUGUUGAUGAACACUUCAGAAUGUAAACUCUGGAUUUAAAUAUGCAUAGAAAAUGUGUAUUUAUAUCUUUCUGUUUUUGGGUUUGCAGUAAUUUUAAUAAAUUAACUGCAUAGUUUAUCUGGCAGCUGUAGCCUGGGGUGAAAAAAACACAAGCAUGCAGACAUUUCUUAUAUAUGAAAUAAGAGAAAAGCUGCUGAGAACACUAGAACAAGCACAUACAUUUAGUUGAAGAUCAAAAGGUCAACUGCAGUUAGAAUAAUAAUUAGGAUGGCUGUAUUCUAACAGAUAUAUUAUUUUUCUAUGCAGAUCACCUUUUUAGAUCCUUUUGCUUGCAAAGAGCUAUUGCUACCAUGGUACAAUUAUUAGAGGUCACAUUGCAGAAAUGCUGGACUGGUUGUUCAAAUAAAUGACCCAUUCUCUAUCAUUUAUUCACAGCUAUUAUUGGCAUUUUUGAGAAACACUAGACACUGCCUUAGAAACAAUGAAUACCUGGCUGCUUACAGCGGACAAGGAACUGACAAGGAAACAGUUUAUUCCAGUGUGUGUUUUAGUCCUAGACAUAUUCAGCAUUAUAUGCAGGUGACACUGGUAACAAGCGUAGCUGUUUCUUUUUCUGUGUUCCUUGGUAAAUGGAAAAAAACUCUACUAAUUGCUCAUAUGCUUUCUGUAUUCAUCAUGUUAACUAUUCUUUUGUUUCUUUAUUUAAACUGACUCCAUUAAAAACUUGAUAAAUAAAAUGUAAAUAAGCCAGCUCGUUGUAAAUGCCCUUCUUUUUACAUGCCUAUUAUGACUGUGUCCUCUACCAAAGGUUUAGAAUGAAGAACAAAAUCACCCAGCAAACCAAAACCAUGAGCAAAUGGGGAAAAUUACUGAUCUUUAAGAUUGAGAUGGUAAC